AUGGUGAUGGCAUUGUUGAUUCCAUCGGCACUGGUCACUGAAAUCUUAGAGGCCAUUUGUGUGACAUUAUUGUCCUUUUCAAGCAUCACCACAAGUCAUGCUGCUCGCGGCCUACUGCAACUUCCCAAUUUGCCUACGAUCCCCUCAUUGCCUCAGCCAACAAUGCCACAAUUGCCUACUAUUCCCAACUUGCCCGCAACAUUGCCACCAUUGCCAAGUGUUGCAUCGUUGCCAACACUUCCAACAACUAAUUCACCAUUACCUUUUUUGCCUGCAUUGCCCUCUGUAGUCCCGAAAAUGACUCUGCCACCAUUGCCCGUGAAUCCUCAGACCAACAUGCCAUCACUUCCCAACAUGAUUCCUACACUUUCACCUCCUCCAUCCAACUAA